AUGGCCAUUCAAUUUAUUCUAUGCUUUAAUAAACAAGGUGUCGUACGGUUAUUGAGAUGGUAUGAUAUGUGUGCCUGUAAUGGCAAUGGUAGUGGUGGAAGUAGCAGUAACAACAACGAUGAGUUAUUGCCACAAGAUUUGAUUGCCCAAAUAUAUAGACUAAUAUCUGCGAGGGAUCAUAAGCAUCAAAGUAAUUUCGUCGAAUUUUCUGAACGAACAAAACUUGUCUACAGGCGAUAUGCAGGACUAUAUUUUGUCAUGGGUAUUGAUUUACAGGAUGAAGAGCCAAUUUAUUUGUCACAUAUCCAUCUAGUCGUCGAAGUAUUGGAUGCAUUUUUUGGUAAUGUUUGUGAACUGGAUAUUGUUUUCAACUUCUAUAAGACAUACAUGGUCUUAGACGAGGUGUUUCUCGGUGGUGAAAUACAAGAAGUAUCGAAAGAUAUGUUACUUGAAAAGUUAGGUACAUUAGAUAGAUUAGCAUAA